AAAGGAAGUUACUGCAACAAACGAGCCUCGUCUUUCUCUUCCUCUUCUAUGCUUUUUUGACUGCAUGGUGUUUUGUAGUUUGUGGUUUUUCUUUUUGUCGCUGUCAGAGAGGUUUCGUGAUGUUUACCGGCGGUCUGCUGCUGCUGUGUUUGCUGACCGUGUUUCCGCUCGGCUCGCGGGCUCAGUAUGAUCCUGAUGAGGUUACACACCUGCCAGGUAUGACGUUCAAACCCAACUACCGUCAGUGGUCGGGGUACCUGCAGGCACGGCUGGGCAAGUUCCUACAUUAUUGGUUUGUGACCUCUCAGCGGGACCCAGUCAAAGACCCACUGGUGCUCUGGCUGAAUGGAGGACCAGGCUGCAGCUCACUGGAUGGAUUCCUGUCAGAAAAUGGACCCUUUCAUGUAAAUGAUAAUGGGGCCACGCUGUAUGAGAACAACUUCAGCUGGAAUAAGAUUGCCAAUGUGAUGUAUCUAGAAUCUCCUGCAGGAGUUGGUUAUUCCUACUCCGAUGAUAAAAACUAUGCCACAGAUGACGACCAGGUAUCGGAGGAUAAUUACAAAGCCCUGCAGAGUUUCUUUGCGAAGUUCCCAAACUUCACUCAGAAUGAAUUCUUCAUCUUUGGGGAAAGUUAUGGGGGAAUUUACGUACCAACCCUCAGCCUGCGUGUGGCUACAGGAAGUGCAAAAAUCAACUUCAAGGGCUUUUCAGUGGGAAACGGUCUCAGCAGUUUUGCUCUCAAUGACCAAAGUUUGAUCUACUUUGGUUACUAUCACGGCCUCUUUGGAGAAGACUUAUGGCGUGAUCUGAACAAAAACUGCUGUGAGAAGGGAACCUGUAAUUUCUACGACUCCAGUUCAGAGACCUGCAAGACACAGGUGGGUGUGGCCUUCAGUAUUGUGUAUGAGAGCGGCCUUAAUGAGUAUGCACUUUACUUGGAUUGCGAGGGUCGCAGUAGAUCCCUCAGAAGCUACGAGAGGACAAUGAGUCACCUGUUUAGGAACUACAUGAAACGCCCACAGACCCACCAGUUGUUAGGUCGAGUGCCUUCCUCCGUGUCUCUGGGUGAAGUCCCUCCCUGCAUCAACAGUACGGCUCAGACAAACUGGCUGAACAGAGGUGACGUGAGGAAAGCGUUACACAUUCCAGACACGCUGCCAGUGUGGGACAUCUGCAGUGAUGAAGUUGGAGGGCAAUACAAAAUCCUCUACCAAACAGUGAAGGACGUGUAUCUGAAGCUGCUCUCUCUGGGCGUCCGAGCGCUUGUCUACAACGGAGACACAGACAUGGCCUGCAACUUCCUGGGAGAUCAGUGGUUUGUGGAGGACCUUGGCCUGAAGCCAUCCACCAAGUACCAGUCCUGGAUUCACGAGGAUCAGAUUGCUGGUUUCUACCAACAGUUUGGAAACAUCACUUUUCUGACAGUCAAGGGUGCGGGACACAUGGUUCCACAGUGGGCUCCUGGUCCAGCUUUCCACAUGUUCCAGUCUUUCAUAACAAAUGGAUCCUACUGAGCCACAAUGGAGACUGCUUUCUGUGUUGCUGUGUUAUACCUGCACUUAUCACUUGAUUUGGAUAAUACAUUUUUCUCAGGGAAGAUGAAUUUGAAGGGAAAAGGACUGUUAGGGUACUUAUUCUUUGUUGUCUACGGUACAUGCAGUACACUGGGGGGUUUUGCCAACUUUUGAUUGUGUUAAUAUCCAUAUUGACCAAACAAAAUAAGGUGGUCUCCCAGUUACAAAAGAUCACAUAAUUAAGCAUAUAAAUAAAAUACUCAUUUAAAUAUGGUUGCUAAUCAGUUACUGAAGAACAGGCCCCUGUUUGCGCUUAUAAAAUCUCCACUGUCAAGUCAACUUUAUAUGAAAGGUUUUACACUAACCACACAAUAUGGAAGUGAAAACCAUCCUUAAAAGGUCGGCAUUUUGACCUCACUAUUUAAUUCCUUAAUGUCAAGAAUACAAACGCAAAUCAACAGUGUCCUUGUCCACAUACUUCAGCUGCACUGUACAUGAUCAAAUAACUUUCUGUGGCACUGAUGUGAAGCUGAAUCUUGGAGUGUUUUCAAUCAACUUUUUAGUGAAAAGAGGUGGUUCGACUGAACUUAACGCUUGAUCAAAGAUGCAAUUUUACUUGCUUUUGUCUUUUUAUUAAAGAUUUCAUUGAACUGUCA